CUCUCUUCACUUCAGAUUCUCUUGCCAUCGAAGUUGCUUGUGAGGUCGCUGGUAUGGUGAGAAGAAGGGAAUUAUACGUCCUUGAGUUGUUGAUGUUCUUGAUGUAUUUAGCAUCGGUGACUCGGUGUAGACAAUUCGCGAACAUUAGGGAGCAGAGAGAAGCUUUUCAUUGAGAGAAGGAGAAAAAGAAUAAAAUGGAAGGUUUCAGCAUCAAAGUUUUGUGGCUUCAUGCUGAAUUGGAUGGAAGGGAAAGUGGAAUUGGUUGAAGUUGGAAACUGGAAGUAAGAAUGUGAGAUGUGCUACUGAUGGUGAUUUGAAAUUGCAAUAAGGGGAAUAAGUGAGAAGAUGGGAUUGAAGAGGGAAUAAAAUGCAAUGGAAUGGGGUUAGAUUCUCGAUUCUUUUUUAGCAGUGGCUGUGAAGAAAUAACAUGGAAAGGAGGUGCAAAGCUCAAGUUUGGACUCUUCUGCAAUAAGCAACAGUUCUAUUCCGCUAAUCAAGAUUCCUUUGAUAGAACAGAAAAACCAACAGCAUAGAAUGAGGAGCCAGAUUAAUUCAAAUAUGAUGUCCAGUGGAGUGAUGGUCGCAAGGACAUACAUAUAUGAUUGGCUGAUCCUUAUGGUUAUUGUGGUCAUUGGGCCUCUCCUCCAUCUCAUACAUCCAUUUUAUCACUUCGUUGGGAAGGAUAUGAUGACUAAUCUCAAGUAUCCACUGAAGAGCAACACAGUGCCUUUCUGGGCUGUUCCAACGUAUUCCCUUCUGUUGCCAAUGGGGAUAUUUGUGGUCUUGUAUCUUCGGAGGAGAGAUAUCUAUGAUCUUCAUCAUGCUCUACUAGGGCUCUUGUAUUCUGCUUCAGUCACUGCAGUUAUAACAAAUGCCAUAAAACUUGCAGUUGGCCGCCCGAGGCCAGACUUCUUUUGGCGUUGUUUUCCAGAUGGGAAAGAUGUGUAUGAUCAAUUGGGGAAUGUCAUUUGUCACGGUAAAAGAAGUGUCAUAGAUGAAGGGCACAAGAGUUUUCCUAGCGGGCAUACUUCAUGGUCCUUUGCUGGUCUUGCUUUCUUAUCGCUUUAUUUAGCUGGGAAGAUUAAAGCAUUUGAUCGCAAAGGUCAUGUUGCAAAAUUAUGCAUCAUCUUUCUCCCGCUUCUUGUUGCAUCUCUUGUUGGCAUUUCAAGAGUAGAUGACUACCGGCAUCACUGGCAGGAUGUCUUUGCUGGAGGCCUGUUAGGGAUUACGGUAGCAGGGCUUUGCUAUCUGCAGUUCUUUCCACCUCCAUAUCACACCCAAGGUUGGCGGCCUUAUGCUUACUUUGAAGAAUUGGAGUUGUGUAGGAAUGCACAGGCCACAAAUGUGGCAGAUGUGCCUGAUGCGCAAGCCACGGAAACUCAAAGUGAGAGCCGUCUGGAUGAGCAGAGCGGCAUCAGACGCAUGGGCCUGACCCUAUCACCUACUCCUGAUCAAUCACCACGAGACAUGGAAUCAGGGGGAAGGUGAUUCUGUUUUUCCACUGGCCAUUUAAUCUGUGAAGUCUAUAGUACAGAGUAGAGUUUUAGUAUCUCCAAUUUUUCUUUUUUUGGUUCUUUUUUUGGGCAAGCCUCUGACAAGCUUAAUCCUGGAACCCUUUUUUUUUUUUUGGUGUGAGUGAAUGGAGUGUGCUCUUAAUGGACAUCAAAUUGCACAUUUAGUCCUUUCCCACCCUUGAUCUCAAGAUCAGGAUGUCAUUAAUUUUUUUCUUUACUAAUCCUGUGUUGAAAUCAGUUUGUGUAGCUUCUACAGUCAUUUUUAUUAGAGUAAAGAGAAUCAAAUGCCGAUAGACAAAUAUUAUUGCCA